CUACCUUAAUUCACUAUUGCAGACUUUAUUUCAUCGAACAUAAAUACAAAAUAUAUUGGCAAAAUAGUCCUGUAGAAUAGGCGGAUUUGUCUUGACGAGGGAAGGGUCCUCCGUGGCCGAGCGGUUAGAGCAUCGUGCUCAAAAUCACACGGCCUCUCACCUCUGUCGGCGCGAGUUCGAACCCCACCGGUAAGUGAGAAAGUUUCCCAGUUUACUUUCGGAAGGUGGAAGGUUGGUGGGUUUUUCCCAGGUACUUGUAUCUGCGUUCUCUCUUCCACCAAUAAAAAAUGGGCGCCACCAGAUAUAAUAACUGAAAAAUUGUUAAGUGUUGCGGAAAACAUUAAUCAAUCAAUGACGAGGGGCGAGUUGUCUUGGGGGCGAGUUGUCCAGAACUCACCACGAAACGAAUAUUGUUGGCGAUUCUCCAUGAAAUAGCCUGAACAGUUUAUACGUUUGGUUUGAACCAGAUAUGGGACAUGUAGAAACUGAAGAAAUCACCUAGAUCUAUAUUAUGAAACCUAAAUCUUUCCAAGAAAUAAAGUUCAGUUUUAUUUAGCGAAAGUGAAAGUAGAAAAGUUCGUGGAAAGUCGACACAUACACGUCAGAUUUUUGAAAAAUAGUUGAUUCCCCAAAUUGCUUUCGUUUUGAAUAUACGUUAUCACGAGGCGUUUUCAUUUAUUACGUACAUGGAUAUUUGCUAAUUUCAAGCGAAAUAAUCUUGAAGUUAACACAAACACCAUGGCUCAAGCUGGCGGUGAAUGGGAAGAAAAUCCAGAAGAACGUGGAAGACGACAAAAUCCUGCAGAUGAAGAUCACACGAGAGAACCUAGUCCAGAUCGGGGGGGACAGAGAGAUGAUCGAGGAAGGAAACCUAGAGAUGGACAAGCUGAACACCGAAGAGAAUUUAGCCCUAAACAGAUGACUCCAAACUAUGAUCAAACCAGUGCACAUAAACGUUCAAAUAAUUCUUCACAAGAAGGUUAUAGGAGUGAAGGGGGAUAUAAGCCUGAAAGGCAGAGAGGAAGGGGAGGAAAUAGAGAAAAAGAAUAUUAUCCUCACAAGCAGAACGAACAAUACGGAUGGAAUAACUGGCAGGAUAAUCCAGGAGGAAAUCACUGGGGGAGACAAGGACAGUGGACAAGGAAUCAGGGUGGACAAGGGUUCAAUCAGUGGGACAGUUACCAGGAACAUCAACAGAAUACUCACAGAAACCGAGGAAAUUUUCACACCAAUGAAAGCAGACAACAGGGUUAUGGUGGCAGAAGACAGAGAUUGGAUUAUGGACCAAACAGAGAAUAUGAAAGAAAUUAUAAUGCCACAUCUAGAGGUUCAUCUGAUUCAUUCAGAAGUAAAAAAAGGCGAUAUGAUUUUGAAGGGCAAUAUCAAAAGGGCCAUAAUUGGUACAAUUUCAAGGAUGAGGAUCCUGUGGUUUUUCUGUCUAAGAAGUUGUCUUUCAUACUAAGACAUGGGGCAGAGAAAAUGGGAUUUCAACUCAUGCCAGGUGGGUAUUUGUGGGUGGAUGACAUCCUUCGGAGAAAUGAAUACAGACAUUUCACGGUGGAAGACGUAAGACAUGUUGUGACGACCAAUGACAAGCAAAGAUUUCAUCUAGAGGAAGACCAAGGUCAUCUCAAAAUCAGAGCAAAUCAAGGCCACUCUUUAGAGGUAGAUGGGCUGGAGAUGACUCCCAUCACAGAUGCAAAAGAGGCCCCAGAAGUCAUACAUGGAACUUACAGCAGUUCAUGGGAUAUUAUCAAGGAACAGGGUUUAAACAAAAUGAAGAGAAAUCACAUACACUUUGCUGCAGGAGAGCCGGGAGAAAAUGGUGUCAUAAGUGGAAUGAGGACAAGCUGUGAAAUCAUCAUCAUGAUAGAUGUUGAAAAGGCUUUAAAUAGUGGCUUGAAGUUCUUUAGAUCGGCCAACAAUGUGAUUCUGUCGCCAGGAGAUGAACAUGGCUUCAUCAGACCAUGUUUCUUUAAGGCAGCAUAUACAAGAUAUCCAAGGCAGAGCUUGCUUUUUAAUGAUAAAGCUGUAGAUGGGCCUAAAAUCCCUGGACUUUCUGGGGAAAUGGAAAAAAAGAAAAAGAAGAAGAGUAAAAAGAAGUCAAAAGAUAAUCAAGAUGAUGAGAUCACAGCAAAGAAAGAGAAGAAUGAGGAUGUAGACAUGGAGGGGCCUACAUCUUUGUUUUCAGAGGAGGAUCCAGUGGAUGAAACACAAAAGGCAAUGGCUUUACAAGAUGAUGAUGUUCCUGAAGACUGGGACAAAGGUGCUGCAAUAAAGAGUAGUGAUGGUGCUACUAGUCAAACCACAAGUAAACCACAAGAAUUCACCGAGGUGAAUGAUGCAGAUUGUUCUCGAAAUGCUGUGGAGGAUCUUAAACCAGGGUCAGUGGUGGUGUAUUGCCAUAUGAAAGGGGAAAAAAUAACAUCAGUAUCCUGCAUCUCUUCAUCAAGGGCAUAUAACUUCUCCAAAAACCUGCUAGAAGGUGGAGAUCUGAGAGAAUAUUUGAACUCUAAAGGCUCUGGCAACAAGAUAUUUCACAACAUUGCAGAUGCUUCAAAGGCAUUGUUUGACCAGCACCGUAUUAUUUUGGACGGCACAAAUGUAUAUGACAAUAAGGUUGCAUUCACAUAUGUACAAGAAAAAGGAUUUGGGAACUUAAAUGAACUUCCCCAUGGAUUUGAUCCAGAGAACUGGGGGAAUCUGGAAGUUGGCACACAGCUGUUGGAAAGGUGUUUGUUAUCAUUACAGGCCUUUUUUAUUUUGUCAAGAUGGACUGAUAAAGAUUUCAAAAAAACAUUGUUUGAAGAAGUCAAUAAAAAUGUUGACAAAAAUGAAGUGAAAGAGGAAAAAGAUAAAAGGAAGAAAGAAAACAAAGAAGUCACCAAACAGCCAUCACAACAACAGGGAUCUCAGGAAGGAAAGAGUAAGAAAAAGAAGAAGAAGAAGAACUAACAUUCUCCCAGGGAAUCUACUGUACAAACAAUGUAUCAACAGGAGAUUGAAACUGAACCGUGAGAUUUAAUGAUGCAUUAUCACAAAGUUUGAAUUUUAGCUUAUAUUCCAGUAGAUUGUUAUUUUGUGAAGGAUACUUACAGAGAAGAUGAAUAUAUAGUUUUAGAAAAAUGUCAGAAAUGUUGCAUAUGACCUUAAGAUUAAUCAUGCAUAUGGGGAAAAUUUUGUCCACAUUUUAUUUUGGCUGAUUUUGCCCACAUCAAUGAUGUAAAAUUGGAUGAAUUUGUGUGUACUAAUUGUUCUAAAGUAGCAAUAAAUGACCUUUGGCAAAUUCAAAGUGGGGUGAAAUUGUUAAAUGUGUCUUUACAAAAAUAACUUGAGACCAAAUUUUCCCUGUUCACAGUAUUACAACUGUGGCAUGUAUCAACUACACAGCUUCAACCAGAGUUCACAUUCAUUUGUAUUUUUGUGUUUCAGUAAGUAGAUGAUUUUCUUCUGAAGUUUUAUCACAGGUACAUUGUUCCAUUCUUAUUGACUGAUAUGUCCUGAUCCUGUUUGACUGUACUUUUUUUUUUUCAUUGUUGAUGAAUAUAACUUUGAGAAUUGUGAAAUUAAUGAUUGUAAAUAAUAAUUCCUUGUAAUUUAAUAUAUGUGGUUACACUAAGGUAACUAUAGUUGUAGUAAGUUGUGAAUGUAGAAAAUGAGUUAUACAAUGUCACAACGAUCCGUGAACAGUGAUAAUCAUUGAUCUUCGAUUUUCUGUCUCUUUGUCCGGUGCGGGACUAUAUUACAGUGUUUCUCCUUGACAAUGUUAUUGGUUGUGUUUUAAAUCAUGACAGCAUACAGUAUUUGAUUAUGUUGUAUCUAACAAUUAUAAUGAUCAUGUUCACAUUAGAAAAUACACAUAUUUUUUAGCUAGCUUGUACCAUUUUAGCUCUGUGUGCAUCUGACACUUAAUCAAUUUGAUAAUGAAGUAAAAAUCUAUGUUUUGUACAAAAUAAUAGAGCAGUUUCAUAGUCAAGCCAUUGACAAAAAUGAGAUUGGGGGAAGGUGGUAUAUUUGGGGUGGUGUGGGCAUAGUUAUUAGGACAAAUAUGAUAUAAAUUGUUAAGUGCCAUAAAAUUUCAGCAAUUACUAUGAUAACAUUUUUCCUUGUGGAAUAUUAGUUGCAUGAAGUUGUGAUGAAUUUCUCUCACCGACAUGGUGUCAUCCUGUUUUAUGAAGAGUUACCUUUCUUUAAUAAUAAAUUUCUGAUAUGUGG